AUGGUCAUGAGCGAGAAGUUGAGGAUUGAAACAACCGCACAAAUUAGCACCACGGUCACUGAUGUAAUUAACAUGAAGGGGACUCUCGAGUGGGACGAAGCAUACGUCAAGUUUCUCCGCCGGGUCAACGACGAUUUUAAGGCUCGCCGUCGCCAGGGGCAUACGCCAUCGGAGGCAGAUCUGGAGCUGUGUCGCUUCAUCGACCUCCUGGAGCAAGAUGCACAAUCUAUCUCAUCAUAUGCUACCAGGAUGCAGUACAGGUUGGACCUUCAAUUCAACGUGGAUUAA